AUGGACGUGGACGUGGACGUGGACGUGGACGUGGACGUGGACGUGGACAUGGACGUGGACGUGGACAUGGACGUGGACAUGGACGUGGACGUGGACGUGGACGUGGACAUGGACGUGGACGUGGACAUGGACGUGGACGUGGACAUGGACGUGGACGUGGACGUGGACGUGGACAUGGACAUGGACGUGGACGUGGACGUGGACAUGGACGUGGACAUGGACGUGGACGUGGACGUGGACGUGGACAUGGACGUGGACGUGGACGUGGACGUGGACGUGGACGUGGACGUGGACAUGGACGUGGACGUGGACGUGGACGUGGACAUGGACGUGGACGUGGACGUGGACGUGGACGUGGACGUGGACGUGGACGUGGACGUGGACGUGGACGUGGACAUGGACGUGGACGUGGACGUGGACAUGGACGUGGACAUGGACGUGGACGUGGACGUGGACGUGGACGUGGACGUGGACGUGGACGUGGACGUGGACGUGGACAUGGACGUGGACAUGGACGUGGACAUGGACGUGGACGUGGACGUGGACGUGGACGUGGACAUGGACGUGGACGUGGACGUGGACGUGGACGUGGACGUGGACGUGGACGUGGACGUGGACGUGGACGUGGACGUGGACGUGGACGUGGACGUGGACGUGGACGUGGACGUGGACGUGGACGUGGACGUGGACAUGGACGUGGACGUGGACGUGGACGUGGACGUGGACGUGGACGUGGACGUGGACGUGGACGUGGACGUGGACAUGGACGUGGACGUGGACGUGGACAUGGACGUGGACGUGGACGUGGACGUGGACGUGGACGUGGACGUGGACGUGGACGUGGACGUGGACGUGGACGUGGACGUGGACAUGGACGUGGACGUGGACGUGGACGUGGACAUGGACGUGGACGUGGACGUGGACAUGGACGUGGACGUGGACGUGGACGUGGACGUGGACGUGGACGUGGACAUGGACGUGGACGUGGACGUGGACGUGGACGUGGACAUGGACGUGGACGUGGACGUGGACGUGGACGUGGACGUGGACGUGGACGUGGACGUGGACAUGGACGUGGACGUGGACGUGGACGUGGACGUGGACAUGGACGUGGACGUGGACGUGGACGUGGACGUGGACGUGGACGUGGACGUGGACGUGGACGUGGACGUGGACGUGGACGUGGACGUGGACGUGGACGUGGACGUGGACGUGGACGUGGACGUGGACGUGGACGUGGACGUGGACGUGGACGUGGACGUGGACAUGGACGUGGACAUGGACGUGGACGUGGACGUGGACGUGGACGUGGACGUGGACGUGGACGUGGACGUGGACGUGGACAUGGACGACGUGGACGUGGACAUGGACGUGGACAUGGACGUGGACGUGGACGUGGACGUGGACGUGGACAUGGACGUGGACGUGGACGUGGACGUGGACGUGGACGUGGACGUGGACGUGGACGUGGACGUGGACGUGGACGUGGACGUGGACGUGGACGUGGACGUGGACGUGGACGUGGACGUGGACGUGACAUGGACGUGGACGUGGACGUGGACGUGGACGUGGACGUGGACGUGGACGUGGACGUGGACGUGGACGUGGACGUGGACGUGGACGUGGACGUGGACGUGGACGUGGACAUGGACGUGGACGUGGACGUGGACGUGGACAUGGACGUGGACGUGGACGUGGACAUGGACGUGGACGUGGACGUGGACGUGGACGUGGACAUGGACGUGGACAUGGACGUGGACGUGGACGUGGACGUGGACGUGGACAUGGACGUGGACGUGGACGUGGACGUGGACGUGGACAUGGACGUGGACGUGGACGUGGACAUGGACGUGGACGUGGACGUGGACGUGGACGUGGACGUGGACAUGGACGUGGACGUGGACGUGGACGUGGACAUGGACGUGGACAUGGACGUGGACGUGGACGUGGACGUGGACAUGGACGUGGACGUGGACAUGGACAUGGACGUGGACGUGGACGUGGACGUGGACGUGGACAUGGACGUGGACGUGGACAUGGACGUGGACAUGGACGUGGACAUGGACGUGGACAUGGACGUGGACAUGGACGUGGACGUGGACGUGGACGUGGACGUGGACGUGGACGUGGACGUGGACGUGGACGUGGACGUGGACGUGGACGUGGACGUGGACAUGGACAUGGACGUGGACAUGGACGUGGACGUGGACGUGGACGUGGACGUGGACGUGGACAUGGACGUGGAGGUGGACGUGGACAUGGACGUGGACAUGGACGUGGACGUGGACGUGGACGUGGACGUGGACGUGGACGUGGACAUGGACAUGGACGUGGACGUGGACGUGGACGUGGACGUGGACAUGGACGUGGACGUGGACGUGGACGUGGACGUGGACAUGGACGUGGACAUGGACAUGGACGUGGACGUGGACAUGGACGUGGACGUGGACGUGGACAUGGACAUGGACGUGGACGUGGACGUGGACGUGGACGUGGACGUGGACAUGGACAUGGACGUGGACGUGGACGUGGACGUGGACGUGGACAUGGACGUGGACGUGGACGUGGACGUGGACGUGGACGUGGACAUGGACGUGGACGUGGACGUGGACGUGGACGUGGACGUGGACGUGGACGUGGACAUGGACGUGGACGUGGACGUGGACGUGGACGUGGACGUGGACGUGGACGUGGACGUGGACGUGGACGUGGACGUGGACGUGGACAUGGACGUGGACGUGGACGUGGACGUGGACGUGGACGUGGACGUGGACGUGGACGUGGACGUGGACGUGGACGUGGACGUGGACAUGGACGUGGACAUGGACGUGGACGUGGACGUGGACAUGGACGUGGACAUGGACGUGGACAUGGACGUGGACGUGGACGUGGACGUGGACGUGGACGUGGACGUGGACAUGGACGUGGACGUGGACGUGGACAUGGACGUGGACGUGGACGUGGACAUGGACGUGGACGUGGACGUGGACGUGGACAUGGACGUGGACGUGGACGUGGACAUGGAGAAUGGACAUGGACGUGGACGUGGACGUGGACGUGGACUUGGACGUGGACGUGGACGUGUUCGUGGACAUGGACGUGGACGUGGACGUGGACGUGGACGUGGACAUCGAUUGUGGCAAACACGAUCGUGAUGGGCGGUCCAUGAUCCGAGUAACAUUGCUUCACAUUUUAUACCGGUACGGAUUUCGCAGCUUCCCGGGCUCACAAACGCCCUUAUAUGGGGACGGUUCUUCAUGCGGCGGGCCCGUUUGA